CCAGAAAACUCCCUUUAAAAAAAUUCAAAAUAAUAAAACCCAGAAAACUUCAAGAAUAAUAAGCAAUUCGGUUGCCAUGGACGAUAUUGAUCGGCUGUUUGAGUGCUUCAAGUGCGGCAUUUCUCCUCCUGAAUCUGCUGUAAGAGAGAGAAAGCGAAGUAGAAGCAAGCUGAAGCAGGCGAGCUCUUCACACGAUGUCUCUGCAGAAUCCGAAAUUCUAUCUCCAGGAUCAGCAGCGCGAAAACAUGAGAAAACAGCUAACAUACAACCUUCUUUAGACAAAAGUGGUUCAAAAACAGUUAAAGCGAACAACUUUAAUAGCGGGAAGCAGAUUUCUCCGGUUGUGUUUUAUGGGUCACCACAAGGUGUGCCUCCUAAACGACCAUCACGGUUGUUGUUGCGAUUGUUGUAUGAAAUUCGUGCUGAUCUCACUGAACAAAGUAAAUCGAGCUUAAGUGAGGAGAUAUGGUCUACAUUUCCGCGGCAGGAUGAAGCAAUGAAGUUUGCUAAAGGGCAUGAGAAUGCUCGCGUUUUCAGUUAUCAAGAUCACUAUAAUGGCCAAAGAAGGUUCCUUGUUUCAACUUAUAAGGAAUUUUGGAAAAGAUACAAGAAUGUGGACUCCAAGUUCCGCCACCAUUAUGAAGUGAUUCAGGAGGGUCUACCUUGCCAUCUUUACUUCGACUUGGAGUUUAGUAGGAGGGAGAAUGCAGAAAGAGAUGGAGAUGAAAUGGUGGAUCUUCUGAUAUCCGUCAUAUUAGAAGCCUUGCAUGAUAAAUACUCAAUUCAAGGAAAUCAUGAAUGGAUUUUGGAGCUUGAUUCCUCUACUGAUGUGAAGUUCUCUCGGCAUUUAAUCAUUCGCAUACCAAAGUCAGCUUUUAAGGACAACUCACAUGCAGGCGCAUUUGUCAAUGAGAUAUGCUCGCGGAUAAUAAAUGGAAGGGAAAAGAAUGGGCAAUUUGAAAAAUUGUUUGUUAGAAAAGAGUCGACCUCUGUUGAUUCCCCUGGUCAACUUUUUGUAGACACUGCUGUCUAUUCCAGAAAUCGCUGCUUUCGUUUAGCUCUUUCAUCAAAGGCAGGGAAGAGUUCCGUACUUUUACCUACUGGGCGCUACAAAGCUAAAGAUAUGUGUGAAGAUGAGAUGUUUAUGGCGUCCUUGAUCUGUAAUAUGGAUGUUGAUUGUGACAAACUUCUAGUUUGCAAAAUGGAUGUUCUUUGCAUGAAGACACUUCAAUUUGAUACGGAGGUAAACCAUAGUUCCGGAAGACGUUAUUGUUCCCCUCAAGAGCUGACACUGGAUGGUUGUAGAGUUGAUGCUUCAACAACAUACUUUAUGGGGAAAUCUCCAUUCCCUGCUUUGGAUGCAUUCAUAGAAUCUGUCGCCUCAAUUGGAAACACACCAGGAAAAAUCCGCUCCUGGUACUUGUUCUCAGAAUAUGGGCUUAUGGUCUACAGCAUGUCAAGAAACAGAUACUGUGAGCGAAUUGGUAGAGAGCAUAAAAGUAAUCAUGUGAUGUACGUUGUGGUCCUGAGACGAGCGGAUUAUUAUCAGAAAUGUCAUGACCCUGAUUGCAGAGGUUAUCGUUCUCCCUUGCGUCCAAUUCCUUGGGAUAUUAUACCCGAAACUGUGCAUCAUGAAGGCUCUGGUGUUCAUAACCUGGAACAGUACAACGAUGAAAAUACAGCUAACAGUUCCACCCCAGAUUCAUGGUGGCUUGAAGCCAUGAGAUUUGCAGAUAAUGUUGAAAGAAUGCCGGAUUUAUCAGAGCUCAGCAAGAUGGAAAACAUCAGUGAUGAGGAUGAGAAUUGGUGGCUUGCUGUGGAGAGGGCUGUUUCGCAGACUGAACUUUCCCACGUAUUAAUUUAAGAUCCCGUACAGUCGGAUGUAAAUACUUGAGUUGUGGACCGACGACACGUACAUUCAGUGCCAAAGAACAUGAAUGCUUUAGCCAAAGGGUGAUUUUCUCUGUAGCAUUCUUCCUGUUGAGAGAAAAGUAGCUUCCUAACAAAGUGAAGUUUCUGCUGCUCUCUUCAAAGGAUUGUGGAGUUCAAUCUCCUCCUCUUGUGAGAAAGCAACUGCAUAUGCAAGUUAUGCCUUAUCUUGCGCCUAGAGUCAGACCUUGUUGAAUUGGAAAGGCAUAAAAUUGUACACAUUGUGACUUCUCGGAGGAAGCUGCUCGGUUCCAACUUGUUAGGCCAUUAUGUCAAUACACAAAUAAGUGUCCCCAACGGUUGGAUAUUUAUGUCAUGUUCUCUGGUCUACUGUGUUUUCACCAAGUCUUAAGCAACUAGAUGUACUUAUUACUCUGGACCAGGAUCGAAUAACUAAACGACAUGUCAAUAUGUUUGCCAUAGAGAGCUUUCUUUUUUUUUUUUUCCUAGAAAACUACGUUGGAUUGGGUCCUUGAUAAUAAAAAUAGGUACCUUGAAA